CUCACUUGUAAAUAGGGGGGCUAAGCAGAUGUCUCCAAGAUCCCCUUCGGCACAGGGGUUCCCUAGGGGUGAGGCUAAGUGUGCCCCCACUUUGCAUGCUUCUAGGGUGCUUGUUCAGAGUGAAGAGGUGGGGACAGAUGUGAGGGGUUAGCCUAUCUCCUCCAACGGGCGCUGGAAGAUCAGGGGUGGGGUGCUGCGCCCGGUCCCCAACUCUGGGGGCAGGCAAUGAGGGGCUGAAACGCCGACACCAGUGCCUGAGACAGGCCAGGGCUAUGCCGGGAAGAGGAAUCCCUCCAGUCUCCAGGCACCCAGCUUCUGAAAGAUCAAGCGCGGUGUCAUCAGCCCGGCUGGCAGGAGCCCGAAGGGCCGCUGAGCACCUCUGAGUGAGUAUGGCCACACCUCUGGAGCAGGCGUUGGCUACAGUCGUGAGCACCUUCCGGAAAUACGCAGAGCUCUCCGGGGGCAAGCACGGGCUCUGCCAGGCAGGGCUCAAGGAGCUGCUACAGAAGGAGCUGCCCACCUGGACCCCGAUGGGGCUCCGAGAGUGUGACUACAGUGCAUUCAUGAGCGUCCUGGACACCGACAAGGACUGCAAGGUGGACUUUGUGGAGUACGUGCGCUCCCUGGCCUGCCUCUGCACUUUCUGCCACGACUACUUCAAGGACGUGACCCCCGUGACCCCCGUGACCCCCUGCUCCCAGUAGGCUCUGCUCCUGAGGACAGGGGUCUGCUCGGGCAGGACCUGUCCCCCCACCCCCGUCCUGCACCUCCAGCAUCCCAGCUAGAGAGUCACAAAGCUGCUGCCCCCUCCCACGGCCGUGACUGUGGUGGGGAAGGGCACAUUCAACCCCUAAUAAAGUGCUGGUGUCACUUGGUCUGGUCUGCUUCUU